AUGGCGGCGCUGUUUGGGUCGUUCCCUACCAGCCAGUGUCAGUGGAUGAACGACCUGACGGAUUCCGUCAUCGUUCACGUUGACGGUGACGGGCGUUCCACACUACUUGAGAAUAUGCUGGCCGAGCAGCAUGGUUCCGCGUGUCAGGAUUCCGAGAGGACGUUUACUCGUGCCCCGGACGAGGAGCCCGCGUCGCAUUGCAAGGACUCGUCGCACGGCAGUCGCAAGGACGACGAAUAUCGCACUGGCGGCGCUGCCUCCCACAAACGGCAACGAGAGGAGCCGAGCGAGACGAGCAGCAGCAAGGCCAAUCGGGAGAAGAUUCGCCGCGACCGACUCAACGACAGGUUCGAAGAGUUGGCGCGGGCGCUGGCGUGGAGCGAGCUGGCGCGCGCGGACAGGGGGAGCAUUCUGGUGGACGCGGUGCGCGUGCUGACGCAGCUGCGGGCGGAGACGAGCCGGCUGAGGGGCUCCGCGGAGCACAUGAGGGAGCACAUGAGGGAGCACAUGAGGGAGCAGAUCCAAGAGCUCAAGGCGGAGAAGAGUGAGCUGAGGGAGGAGAGGGCGCGCCUGCUGGCCAACAAGCAGCAGCUGGAAGACGAGGUCCACCGCAUGGCAGCAUCUGGCGCCACCCAAUCCACCGCCGCCACGUCAGCAUCAGUAUCGAUGGUUUCUUCAGCUGCCCGGCAGGCAGCCGCUACUCCUCCUCCUCUUGGGUUUGCUCCUCCUGGUUCUCCUCGUGCUGUGCCCAUGAUGCUGCAUCCAGUGUGUGAGCCGGGCAAGCUGGGCCCAAUGGGUGCUCACAUGGGCCUGAUGUCUUAA